AUGCCGCCACGACGACGCGAGGAUUACCCGGAGGUACCCUUCGCGGAGCAGCUGAUGCAGAACCUCCAGCAGCUGACCCAGAUCACACAGCUUCUCGGGAACGCGAUGGUUCAGAACAACCAGCGCGGGCAGCCAGACUUGGUUCGGAGGGUGGCGGGGCAGCACCCACCCUUCUUCGCUGGAGAGGAGGACCCCGUGAUCUUGGAGGAGUGGAUCCGGGCGCUUGACAAGAUCCUCGAGGUGGUGGAGUGCCCACCAGGUCGCCAGGUCGAGAUGGCGAGCUUCUACCUGAAGGAGGAAGCUGACUUGUGGUGGGUCCAUGGCGGCCCGGCGAUGCGGCAGGAGCCCGACUUUGGUUGGGAGACGUUCAAGGACCGGUUGAGAGCCCGCUUCUAUCCAGCACACGUCAAAGCGGCGAUGCAGGAGGAGUUCUUGCACCUCAAGCAGGGGUCGAGGACGGUGCAGGAGUACCACCGGCAUUUCUUGGAGCUGGCUCGUUUCGCGCCGACGUUAGCCCCGACCGAGGAGACCCGGAUCGAGCGGUUCGUGGCUGGGUUGAACUUGGAUACGCGCAUGGCCUUAGUCGUAUUCAAGUUUCAGACGCUGAGCGAGGCCUACAGCAGCGCCGCUGAUCAUUACCGCGUGCUGUCUAUCCGUCAGGGGAUCUAG